ACCCAGGGGCUCGCUAACAGGGCACCCGCCUCGGGCUCGUCUUCCCCAAAUCUGUGGUCGGGAAUUCCUCGCGUCACCCUAGGGGAUGGUUUAGCUUCUGAAGUUUGUUUCGCUGCUCUUAAACGCCCUCCCUGUUUGCAGGUCACAAAAAGACGCGGAGGGGAGCAGAACCCCGGGAUGCGCUCCCUCCGGCUCCGACCUCUAUAGGGACGCUCUCGGGGACCGAUGGAAGCGCAGCGCCUGCUGCCUGCCGGCCUCUCGGAAGCAGAGCUCGGGCAGGCGCUUACCUGCCUGCAAGGAACUGGUGUUUCACCAUCCCCACGGCUGCCGAAGAGCAUCUCCUCCGCCUCGCUGCGCCCAGCGUUGGCUUUCUGACCCCGACCAGAACCUCAGUCUUCUCCCCGCAAGUAAAGGCAGCGUGUAAAAAUAGGUUCCCCAGGGAUCCCCGGGUUGGAGACAGAGGAAGCUGCCAACUGCCUUCUGCUGGUGGGGAAGCUGAAAACGCGGAGCAUGACGGAGUCACGGAUAAAACGGCUUGCUACGACGUUGAUGGAUGCCACGACAGAUAAGGACCCGCUCGUCCAGGAGCAGAUCUACAAUGCUUUGUGCUACCUGGGGGAGUCUGAGCCAGAGGAGAUCCUCAACUCCUGUGACGAGUACCUUCGGCUGCACGACAAGCUGGCCUACCCUCACCGGGUGAUCAUCCUGAAGGCCAUGGAAACUGUGGUGAAGAACAACAUUACCCUCUUGGACAAAAGCACGGCCAAGGUCGUUAUCUUCCUGGCAUCUAAUGAAAUGACCAAGUCAAAGCUAAAUAAAAUUGGGCUGCUGAGAAGGACCUGGCCAGGCGAGCGGGUGUUAGAGAGGAAGGAGCGCGGUGCCUUGAGGGGCUGCUCGUCCACGUGGGGAAAAGAUGUUGUGGCGGUGGGGCAGCGCUUCAUCAACAAGGGGAUGGAGGAGGGGCUCACCAAGGUUCAGCCGGGGAUCCUGCCGCACUACUUCGUCAUGCAGACGUUUGCGAACCUCUCCGUGUCGAACGUGUUCGGAAUGGUGCCUUUUCUCAACUCCAUCCUUGGGACCAUGCUGCCCAUGCUGGGAAUGGCCAAACAGGACCACAUGAAGGCCGUCUUCUGCUACGCUCUGCAGCACUUCAGUGAGAGCAUCCAGGAGUACCUGGCAAACUUGGACAAGGCCCCGGACCCCACGGUCAGGAAGGACACCUUCUCAAAUGAGAUCUUCAGUGCCUACGAAGUGCUCUUCAACAGCUGGCUGCAGCACCGGGAAGCCAAGCUGAGGCUGGCCGUGGUGGAGGCGAUGGGACCUAUGAGUUACCUGAUGCCCAGCGAAAAGCUGGAGGAGCAGCUCCCUAAACUGAUUCCAGGCAUCCUCGCCCUCUACAAGAAGCACGCGGAGGCCUUCUACAUAUCCAAGAGCCUCUGCCAGAUCCUGGAAGCUUCCGUCAACAUCGGCAGCCGCAGCCUUGACGUGCAGCUGGACUCUCUCCUGGGCACCCUGCACCCCCAGAUUUGUGCUCCUGCAGAUCCAUCUGUCCCCCUGACUGUUAAAAACCACACUGAGGUUCUCCGGUGCUUCACCGUCCUGGCCUGCUCGUUCCCUGACCGCGUGCUGGCCUUCCUCCUUCCGAAGCUGGAGAGCAGCAACGAGAGGACCCGUGUGGGGACGCUCCUCAUCAUGAGACAGAUCAUCAACAGUGCCCCCUCUCAAAUGGAGAUUAAAAAGCCCUUCAUUCUUUCGUCUAUGAAACUUCCCCUGCAAGACAGCAACAAUAAGGUGAAGCGGGCGCUGGUGCAGGUGAUCAGCGCCAUGGCGCACCACGGCUACCUGGAGCAGCCCGGCGGGGAGGCAAUGAUGGAGUUCCUCGUCCGCCAGUGCGCCCUUCCCUCGGAUGCGGUAAGCACGCCCAGCCGGGCUCUUGCCGGGUGCCCUGUGCCAGCAGGCAGGGCGAGGGCCAUGCUCCCCUUCUCCCGGCAGGUUCUGUGGCCGUACCUCCUGGAGUUUGUCACCCCGAUACAGUUCACCAACGCCCUGACCCCGCUCUGCAAGAGCCUCAUGUGUUUGGCCACGAAGAAGCAAGAGGAGGGAGAAAACGCGUCCCUUGUCCGUUACGACCUGAACGCCAAUCUUCCUUCGCCCUACGCUCUAACCACGCGGCUGCUGGUUGUAUCUUCGCAGCCGUACGCAGGAGACUGCCGGGGGCCGGCUGCCCUGCGGCUGCUGAACGCGUUGCAUUACAGCGUCCACCCCGCGCUGGACCAGCUUUGGAGCAAGCGGGUCCCUCUCCUGGUGGAGCACAUAGAAGAGAACACGGAGAAGUCCCUGUCCCAGAAGGAGUGGGAAGAGAAGCUGCUGCUGUUCCUCCAGGAGACGCUGGCGGCCAUUUCUGACAGCACGUGGAUUUGCCAUUUUGUCACGGAGAUGUGCAGGCAGCUGAACAGCUACAACGGCUUCCCGCUGGAGAAGAACUUCCUGUAUAAAUGCAUCGGAACAACGCUUGGGGCGUGCACCAGCAAAGACCUCGUGCAAAAGCAGCUCCAGGAGCUCCUGGAAACAGCCAGAUACCACGAGGAGGCAGAAAGGGAGGGGCUUGCUUCCUGCUUUGGGAUAUGUGCAAUAAAUCACCUGGAGGAAACCCUGGCCAAGCUGGAAGACUUUGUCAGGUCUGAUGUCUUCAAGAAAUCUGUGGGGCUGUUCAGUAUCUUCAAGGACCGUAGCGACAACGAAGUGGAGAAAAUCAAGAGCACUCUGAUCCUCUGCUACGGAUACGUGGCUAUGUACGCUCCCAAGGAGCUGGUGCUGUCCAGGAUCGAAGCAGACAUCCUGAAGAAUAUCUUCCAGUACUUCAACACCAAGGUUCUGGGAAUAAAGGUAGAAACCAAGGACCUCACCCUGAAGCUGUGCCUCAUCCGGAGCAUCUGCAUGAUCAGCCAAGCCAUCUACAACGGUGUGAAGUGCGGGGACUUCAUCUUCUCCCGCAAAGCUGAGCUUGUGGCCCAGAUGGUGGAGUUCAUAAAAGCAGAACCACUGGAGGCGAUGCGGACGCCGGUUCGCCAGCGGGCGAUGAUCACCUGCACUUACCUGGUCAUCCUGGAGCCCCACCUCAGCGACCCCGACAGGAUCUUUCCUCCACAGAUGCUGUACAAUGACACCAUCAGUGCCCUUAAAGACCUGCUGAAGAGCCUCCUGCGGAGGAACUUGACCCCCCAUGGGCUGCAGGACAUGUUUGCGCACUUGGGCCCCUGGAUCAAGUCUAGCAAGGAACACGAGCGGCAGCGAGCCGUGGAGGUCAGCGCCGCCUUGCUGGACUUCUACCUGAGCAAGCUGAACGUCAGUACUGUCAUCCCCUUCUACAACCUCGGCGUCCUGAUUGCACUCUUCUCCCCGCGCUGCUCGGACUCCCUGGCCAGCGUUCGCCAGCACGCCGUCGACUGCGUCUACUGCCUGCUCUACAUCCAGCUCUGCUAUGAAGGCUUUGCCCGGGAUCACAGAGAUGAGAUGGUGGAGGGGCUGAAAGCCCUGAAGAAAGGCCUGGAGGAGCCUGACUUCACCGUUCUCUUCCAUACCUGCAACAACAUCGCCAUGGUGAUCGGGAAGCGCGUCCCUCCGGACCAGCUGAUGAGCCUGCUGCUCGCCAUGUUCGAGGGGCUGGCGGACCCCGAUAAGAACUGUUCCCGAGCGGCCACUGUCAUGAUCAACUCCCUCCUCAAGGAGCGCGGAGGCGUCUUGCAGGAGAAGGUGCCCGACAUCAUGAGCAUCAUCCACAGCAAGCUGGAGGAGGUGGACGAGGAGCACAUCCGGAAGGCGGCCCAGCAGACGGUUUACAUCCUGGCCUCCCAGCACAAAAGCGUGGUGGUGUCCAGCCUGCUGGGGAGCCCGCUGCCCUUUGACAGCCACACCUGCACCAUGUGGAGGUCCCUGGCCACCGAGCCCACCCUCACCUCGCAGAUCCUGGAGCAGCUCCUGGAGAAGGUGAACAGGGAUGUCCCGUACAAGGAGAGCAAGUGCUUCCUGCUGGGCAGCGGAUCCGAACGCAUCGCAACCCCUCUGCCCCUGGCCGCCACAUGUGCUUUGUAUGAGAUCAUGUCUGCUCCGGAGUCUGGGGCAGCGGUGCUGGGACUCUACCCGCCGUUGUUUGUGACUCUCCUGCUGCGCGUCAGCUGCACCGUGGGUGUUCAGCUACCGAAGAACCUGCAGAGCAGGGAGAGGAGGAGCAGCAGCAGCCACGGCCUGGCCCCCCCGAGCCCCCCUCUUUUUCCGGGGCGCUGGGCGGCCGGCGCGCAGGGAACCCCCCCGCCUGCCAUGUGGAACUCAUUUCUGGUUGUCCAAACACCGCAGCGUGCGCUGCGCCGGAGGGCUGGGCGAUAG